AUGCCCCAGGAAGAGUCGAAACCUAUAGACGCUCCUGUCAAUCAGGAAGCUGUCAACGAUGCCGUCCAGAACCUCAAACUGUCCGAUGAACAAUCCAAAGAAGGCGACAAGCUGAAAGAGGCCGCCGAGUCGAGCGGAGAAGACAACAACGACGAUUCGACACAAGCGCCCGCCAAAAAAUCAAAGAAGAAGAAGAUCAAGGAUGCCGUCUCAAAUCUCACCUCCUCCUCCAAGACGCCUGCUGCUCCUACUUCCGCCGAAGACCCGCUACCCGCCUCGACUGUCGACAAACUGUCCGACUCGCAGAUCAAUGCUCUGGUACAAAGCAAUCCUGCCCUGGCCCAGGCCAUGCUCAAGGGCGGUUCAUCUCUCGAUGCCCGUAGCAUGCGCGAACUUCUCAAGUCUGUCAGCGCUGCCGACCUGAUGACAGGUAUGAGCUCGGGAAAGAAUGCAAAAGAUAUGGCCAACUACAAGUUCUGGUCCACCCAGCCCGUCCCUCGCUUCGAUGAGAAGGCUGCUUCCGCUGAGAAGUCGGUCGUCGAGGGUCCUAUUAAAGAAGUCGAUCCUACCAAGGUCUCUACAAAGCCAUCUCCUCUGGUUGCCGGUUUUGAGUGGUCUGAAGUUGAUCUCUUGGAUGAGGCCGAGCUGAAGGAGGUCCAAGAGCUGCUCUGCAACCACUACGUUGAAGAUGAUGAGGCCAUGUUCCGCUUCAACUACCUCAACGAGACUCUCAACUGGGCUCUUAAGGCCCCUGGCUGGCGCAAGUCAUGGCACGUUGGUGUGCGUGCCUCCAAAUCACGCAAGUUGGUCGCUUUCAUCUCUGGUGUGCCCGUACGACUCAAUGUUCGCGGUAAUGUUAUCAACACAGCAGAGAUCAACUUCCUCUGUGUUCACAAGAAGCUCCGCAGCAAGCGUCUUGCUCCUGUUCUUAUCAUGGAAAUUACUCGUCGCUGCAACCUCGAAGGUAUCUACCAGGCCAUCUACACCGCUGGUGUUGUCUUGCCCAAGCCUGUGGCCAGCUGCCGCUACUUCCACCGUGCUCUUGACUGGGAAAAGCUCUACAACGUUGGCUUCAGCCCGCUUCCUCAUGGCAGCACUAAGAUGCGCCAGAUCUCGAAGUACCGUCUGCCAGAGCGCACUGUAACUCCCGGCCUCCGCUUGAUGCGUGCAGAAGACGCCGACCAAGUCACAGACCUGCUGCAACGUUACAUGAAGCGUGUCAAGAUGGCUCAAGAAUUCAACAAAGAAGAAGUCCUGCACUGGUUCGUCGACAAAGAGACCGACCCAAAGAGCAGCAAGCGUGUCGUCUGGACAUAUGUCGUCGAAGAUAACAACAAGAAGAUCACCGACUUCUUCAGCUUUUACAGCCUGGAAAGCUCUGUGAUUCAUAACGCUAGCCACCAGAGCACAAUCCGCGCUGCCUACCUCUUCUACUAUGCUACCGAAAGUGCCUUUGAAAAACAAAACGACGAGGAUGAUGUCCUCAAGGCCCGUCUCAACUUGCUGGUCAAGGACGCCUUGAUUCUCGCCAAACAGGCCAAAUUCGACGUCUUUAACGCCCUCACACUCCUCGAUAACCCUCUCUUCCUUUCCGAUCAAAAGUUCGGCCCUGGAGAUGGUCAACUCCACUAUUACCUUUUCAACUACCGUACCGCUGACUUGCCUUCUGGUGUCGACUCCAAGAACCAAGUCGAUGCUAGACAGCGCGGUGGUGUGGGUGUUGUCAUGCUGUAG